AUGAAAAAUAAGGACAGCAGGAGAAAGUGUAAACAGCAUAAUCAAAGUCUGAAAAAGUUAAAAAACAAUCUAAAAUCCUACCAAAAAUUCAAUGAACAGCUAACGGGCGGAAAAGUCACAGGUGGAAAAGUCCAUAAUCAAUUAACAAUCGUAACAUUCAAAUUUAGAAGCACAAUUCCACGCCGAUAUCAACUAAUGCCACAUUACGGUCCCAUCCAAAAGGAUUCAUCAGCAAAGCAAUAUGGUAUACUUGCUGCGCUUAUCGUAUCACUGUUAAAGUAUAGAUUUACUGUUGCACGCAAGAAGAAGCGAUAA